GCCCGCCGGAGCGCGGAGGAAAUAAAAGCGGCGGCGGGCAGGAAGUGUGAGGAGGAGGAGGAGGAAGGGGAGAAGAAGGAGGAGGAGGAAAAAAAAAAGAAGAAGAAGAAACAGCAGCAGCAGCCGCUGCUGCCGCGGCAGAAGAGAAAGCAAAAGCCGCCCGAGGGCUCGCAGCCGCCGGCGCGGCAUCCGCGGGGCUGCACGGCCAUGGCCCGGGAGAACGGGGACGGCGGCGGCUCCUGGAAGAAGCAGGCGGAGGACAUCAAGAAGAUCUUCGAGUUCAAGGAGACGCUGGGGACGGGUGCAUUCUCCGAAGUUGUUUUGGCUGAAGAGAGAGCAAGUGGGAAACUCUUUGCAGUCAAGUGCAUUCCCAAGAAGGCACUGAAGGGAAAGGAAAGCAGCAUAGAGAAUGAAAUUGCAGUGCUCAGAAAGAUCAAGCAUGAAAACAUAGUUGCCCUGGAAGACAUCUAUGAGAGCCCGAACCAUUUAUAUCUGGUCAUGCAGUUAGUGUCCGGGGGAGAGCUGUUUGACCGCAUCGUCGAGAAAGGGUUCUACACGGAGAAGGAUGCCAGCACCCUGAUCCGGCAGGUCCUGGAUGCUGUGUACUACCUGCACCGGAUGGGCAUCGUGCACAGGGACCUCAAGCCUGAGAACCUGCUUUACUACAGCCAGGAUGAAGAGUCAAAAAUCAUGAUCAGUGACUUUGGAUUGUCAAAGAUGGAGGGUAAAGGAGAUGUGAUGUCCACAGCCUGUGGAACUCCUGGCUAUGUCGCUCCUGAAGUACUGGCCCAGAAACCCUACAGCAAAGCUGUGGACUGCUGGUCCAUCGGGGUCAUUGCAUACAUCCUCCUCUGUGGAUAUCCCCCUUUUUAUGAUGAAAAUGACUCCAAACUCUUUGAGCAGAUCCUUAAGGCAGAGUAUGAGUUUGACUCUCCAUAUUGGGAUGACAUCUCUGAGUCUGCUAAAGACUUCAUUCGCAAUUUGAUGGAGAAGGACCCUAAUAAAAGAUACACCUGUGAGCAAGCAGCACGGCACCCUUGGAUUGCUGGUGAUACAGCACUCAACAAAAACAUCCACGAGUCGGUCAGCGCUCAGAUCCGGAAGAACUUUGCAAAAAGCAAAUGGAGACAAGCGUUUAACGCCACGGCGGUCGUGCGGCACAUGAGGCGGCUACACCUCGGCAGCAGCCUGGACAGUGCCAGCGCCGGCGUGUCCAGCACCCUCAGCCUCGCCACACCAAUUCCUGAGGCAGCCACACGGAAAGAUUGUAUGUCUCCAUCCACUCUCUGUAGUUUUGUUUCAUCUGCUUCUUCAGGCGUUUCUGCGGUCGGAGGGGACCGGAGACCCAGACCCACCACAGUGACCACAGUGCACACAGGGAGCAAGUGAGAGCGGGGCCGGCGAGGAGCGGGCAGGAGGCCGGGCUGGCAGGUGGCCCCGGUGCUGUUCCACCCCGAGGCACACGCUCAGCGAAGGACUAGAAGAAAGAAGAUUUUUUUAUGGCCAUAUUUUAUACUGCAAUUCUGAAAUGUUUCAUUUAUCACAAACUGCAAAUGACUCCAGGGGGAACGGAUCUAACAGUCUCUGGUGCUGUACAUAUAUACAUAUAUAUAUAAGUAUAUAUAUGUAUGUGAGUCUAGCAAUGUUCUAACUAAUGAACACUCAUUCUUUUCCCCAGUGAUUUACUCUUUUCUCAGUGUAGGUAACAGUAUAUGUUGUAUUUUUUUCCAUUAACUACGAACAUCUCAACUGGAUUAUUUAAAUAGAGAUACUAUUCUGAGCAUUAUUUUUUUUCUUUUAAAAAUUACUUCCAGUAAUGUCCCUCCUUCCACUUUGCUGGGGGAUAGGCUAUUUCUAUAGGUAGGAAUCAACGUUAACUUUGCAACAUGGGAGGAUUUCAAUGGCAUGCCAUUUCUUACUCCUCAAAUUGGACUGCAAGUCUGUCUGGCUUUAGCAGAGCUGUUACUGCUCAGAUUAAGAAACUGCUGCUUUCCCUCCUGCUCAGAUUAAGAAACUGCUCCUUUCCCUCCCAUCCUUCUCUUUCAAAGCCACGGUGAGAGUUAUGUUAACAUCAGAUGGGAGCCAACUCAUGCUUGGCCUCAUUCUUUUAGUGCUUGGGAUCAGCACCCUUGUUUCAGAAGAGAGGCAGGUACAUGGUGUCAGGCCAGAGCUGGGCAGAGCUGAGCAAAGGACAUGGCAGAGCAUGGUCUCAUCCUGCAGCUCCUCUCCUUCGAGUCACUGUGUAUUACAAGCAGAGUGGAAGUAAAGGAAGAUGCGUGGCAGGGAGUCAUCAUCCUGUCACUGACUUACUGUACUGCCCUCAAGCAUGACAUUUAAUUCACCAGUCUGGCCUCUGGCAUGGGGUGCAUCUAGUCCAAGGGUUCCAUGACAGAGGUGCUGAGCACCCACAGUUCCUUGGGGCUUUGCAUGGCAUUGCUGAUGCUCAGCACCUCCCAGAGUGACCAAAGCUGUGUAUCGGAAACCAAAUAGAAAAGUGCGGACUUUAAUCUCUGUGUGCCAGGUUUUCACCCUGGGCAGAGAAGAGGGCUGAUGCUUGAACCCCUCUGUGAAGCACUGGCAGGUUCUUGGGUGCAAAGUGCAGGAUCUGAUGUGUGGCUCCAUCAUGCUUCUCUCUGGCCCAGGCUUGACAGGGAGCGCUGAGCUGGGAAAGUAGGAUCUUGCUGAAAGACACAGGCACAGGUGGGCUGACUCUGGCUUCCCCUCCUCCCCAGAAGCUCAUACACCAAAGCAAGCUCAAUUUACCCAUUUUUUAAUUACUGAAUGCAUGCACUUCCCAGGCAUGUGGUACAUAAUUUAGGAACGGCAACCAGGACUGUUGUGUCACUGUGCAUUAAAGCAGUUUGAAACAGAGAGGAGAGCAAAUCUGCCCAGAUGUGCUGAAGGAUUCCAGGUUACUUCAGCACCAUUCCCAUCCAUGAUUUUCCUUUGAGGAGGUGAGAAGGGAGGCAGGUGACAGAGGCAGGCACCAUUCACUGAGCACUGUGAACAUCUUGCACCCCAGACAGGUCCAUGCCCCUAGAGGCACAACCCAUUCCCCACAGCAUGCUCUGUUGCCAUACUUUGCCUCAUAUAUCCUCCACAGAAAUUGUGAAAGCCAGUCACAGUCAGAGCUGAACGUAUCAGGCAAUAGUGACUGUGCUGGGAAAAGCCAUAAGAUAUGUUAUUCUUCAUUGAGACUUCAAAAUCCUGCUUCAUCUUCAGUCAGUUGGCUUCAGGUGGCAGAGCCAGGAUUUCAUCCAUCGUACUUUGAAUGCUAAAAGCUGGAAAACCAUGUGUCAGUGAGCGCUGACUUUGUUUAAAAUAGCCAUUCUUUUGGUGGCACUUAGAGCUGUUGCACCAGGUAAAUCUCUGGCUUCCUCAGUAUUCCCAUUUUCAUAGCACUGUGGCACAUCCGAGUGAGCCUCUGGAACCACCAGUGCACCCCACCAUGUUGCAGCUGGCAUGGGUGCUCACACAGAAAGGCUUCAACUUCAGCUUCUCAUUUGAGGAAAGAUAUCAGGUACUGAACUCUUGGGGUUUCAUAGCAAAACUCCACAUAAUUUACUAUUGUCCCCAUGCCCUGGCCAUUGCCACCGUAUACUUUUAUCAGCAUGUACAUCAGAGCUCUUUAUGUCUCAUUCUAAGGCUACUUUAUUUUGCCAGCCUGGUUAAGAAAGUUUUAGUUUUGAGAGACUCCAAGAAGUUCAAGGUAUUUUGAACCCCCGUGAUUUCACAAGCCCAGCAUUUUAUUCUGCUCCAGCUUCAGGGACAUAAAUAGAGUCUCCCAGUUUGGCAUCACUGGAGUUCCCCAUGUUUAACCAAAAGCAGGAUUUGGCUAGAAUCAUAGAAUCAUAGGAUCAACCGGGUUGGAAAAGACCUCUGAGAUCAUCAAGUCCAACCCUUGAUCCAACAGCACCGUGGUUCCCAGACCAUGGCACUAAGUGCCACAUCCAGUCUCAUCUUAAAAACCCCCCGGGACAGUGAAUCCACCACCUCCCUGGGCAGCCCAUUCCAAUAUCUGAUUACCCGCUCUGCAAAAAAUUUCUUCCUAAUAUCCAACCUCCUAGGGAAUAAUUUUAUGUUUGUACAGCAGUUUUAAAGGUUAGGGCUCAAGUAUUCCCUCAGCACCUCUUCUGAAACCUGAGGUCUGGUUUGAACUUGACCUCAGCAGUUGCUGUGGCCACUGAUCAAAAUACAGCGUCUAAAUGUAUCUUGAAGAAAAAAAAGAAAAGCAAAUGGAUUUUCAUCUCCAAAGAGCAGUGACAGGAGCAAACGCAGACAUGCUGUCCUGCAGAUGGGGGGUCCCUAUACACUGGCUGCCCCUCCUUGAUAGAUGUUUCGUGUGGUUUUUUGUUGGGAAGGUUAUUCUUUCCUUCCACAUUUGGAAUUAGAGUGAUUUGGAUUUGUUUCUGCAAGUAAUAUUCUGCCUUAGUUGCGUAAUUUAUCAUCAUUCUCUCUGGCUUGCUAUCAACUGCUGGGAUCUUAAGACAAGAAACAGAAGCCCUUAAAAGCAAAAUUGUUUCUAUCUGCUACAGUUUUGGUGGUGGGAAGCUCUUCUUUUGUAUCAGUGGUAUACAGCUGGAGAUCUGACUGGGGUUCACCGAAAGCUUAGAGAUUUCCCUUUAAGUAUCAGUUGGUUAAAACUUCUCUGUUUACUUCUGGGUAAAUCUGUUAACUGAGAUGACUUGGCAGCACCCAGGCCAGAUUUUUGGAGGGGGCUGGAGAUAUUUGCCCCUUGGCAAGCACAUCCUGGUAGGGCAAACACUCCAGCAUUGCUUUCCAGCAAUGCUCCAGUGCCAUUGCAUGUCCUUCCCCUGGCCCAGUCCACCUCUGCUCAGCCACUCUCACAGGGGAAUGCAAAGGUGGAGUAAAUAAUGUGUUCAUGGAGGGAAAGGGCUGAUAGCCCUAAAGUAGAAGAUUCAAAACAAAUCCCCAGCUGGCCUUGCCAUGAAGGAGUAGGUAGAAAAAUCACUCUGGGCUCUUUUCCAAUGAACUGUCCUACUAAACAAUCUGUGAUUUGCUGCUUGCAUGAGGACUUCAGCCUGGACUCUCUCUGUUACCCUUUUUUGCUUUACUUUACUGGUACCUAUGUGUUUUUCCUUUGUAACUUGUUUUCCUCAGCUCCUUCCCCUUCUUUUUCUUUGCUUGCAGCUUUGAUUGUUGAUUUUUACCUCCAGAGUCACAGAGGCCAUCUCUGAUGCCAACAGCAGUGCUCUUGCUGGGAAAACAAAACAAAACAAAAAAAUCCAGAAAAGCUCCAGCUGGCCCCUUAGCCUGCAGAAGACAUUGUGAGGACAGGCUGCCCGUGAACUCUGCGAGCUGAAAGUCAGUACUGCAGUGGCAGGGGCUUCUGCUGAUGAUUUUGCAUGUAACUUCAUUCCCAGUGCAUCCUAACUCUCUGCUGGAUCACCCCUUCUGCAGCACGAAAUGGAUUUUGGCCCUGCAGCACGGCUAACGGGGAAGUAAAAGUAUGGGGAAAACCUGGCAGGGUUGCUUUCUUGAGACUGUGUUACUAUGCUGCUGAUGUCUCUUCUGUCCUGGUUGCUGUUGUACAGGUGCCAUUAGAGUAGUGGGUACAGAAAAAAAAAAAAAAAAUAGGAUUUUACCUAUGCCUUGUGUGUGUCUGUUAUGGUUGUGGUGCCGAAAUAAAACCAAGCAAUGGUACAGGUUCGUUCCUGAUGUGAAUCAAACCACAAAAAGAGGUGUCAGCCCACUGGUAGACAUCUCCAUGUAGUUCUGCAGUAGGUAUUGGAUAGGGGUUUCCACUGUGCAUGUGUCCUGUGUACCUCCAUGGCUAUUGGCAGUAUUUCUUCUUGGCCUCUGCCUGGCCCUGAGGGAGUUUGGGUCUUGUCCAAAGGUUUUUUUCUGCCCCAGGAACCAACGCAACCCCUGAUUUUAGCCUUUUCUCCCCAAACUCUCUGCCAGUCAGAACAUGGGCCUCCAGGAUGCCCACGAAACGCAGUGGCAGCCGACCUUGAGACUGUCCCCUUCCUGUUUUUAGGGAAACAAACCCCCAGGGAAAGCCAGAUACCUUUCAGCCAUUGGCAAGCAGAGAGAAUAUUGUUCUUUGAUGUGAACUUGGCACUAACUAGUUCUGCUCUAGGGAAACCUGUGCUGUUACUUCAUCUUGUGAUAACAGCUCCAGCCCUGAGCAGCACUGGAUGAGCACAACAUAAAAACACCAGAUUGACUUUGCCAAUAAGAUCAUGCAGGCUGUAGCCUGUUCCUUUUGCUCUUUCCAAAGAAUUAGGAGAUUCAUCUACUGGCAAAAUAAGUUUCUAGGCUGAGCCCCAAGGUACGGAAGCAGCUUCCAUUCAUCAUAUGGAAGUCCUCAUUUGAUGCAAUUACUUGCAUUCUUGAUCCCAUGCGUAUUUACCCAUUUGAACUGGGGCCUGAAUGCAUCCCAGAAACUAGGGAUUAUUCAUGGGAAGGGAGUUUUGCCUUUGUUGUCAUGCUUAUUUACACCAGAAACUUGAUGCUGAGUUACACUCAUCCAAGCAAAAAGCAGAAGCACACAUGGAGACUAUGGUGUCCAAGGAAAACAGCAUCAAGACCGAGAGCGGAGGAUUAGUUGGCAAAUCACUGUCAGCAAAGGCUGAGUGAGGAAACAGCAACCUGCUCACAAAUGCUGCACGAACAGAGUUUCCCCUGGUAAAUCAGUCAUCCCAUAUUUCGUGCCCAGCAACAAGGUUUACACAAUCCCUUUUGUUUUCCCUCAGAUCCCUGCAGCUGGGUCCUGCCUUCCCAUCCUGUCUGCCGGGGUGGUCUGGUCUCUGUGACAUGCGUGUGUGCACGUGUAUGUGUGUGUGUGUGUGUGUAUGUACAUUGUGGCCCUGGGAGUCACAGGUCCCAGCAGUGGGAGAUCACAAGCUGGUUCAGGUCUUUUGGUCUGACUUUGCACAGUUGGGUCAAAGCUGUGUAAAUAGUGCUCGUAAUAGAGGACAGAGGCUCUUUAGCCCAGACUCUGGUUUUCAAGACCCCCUUCCCCACCAUGAACCAUGCCACUUACCUGUCCAGGUAGCUUUUUUUCCCUCCUCUUCAUAAAUGCUAAGGUCAGAAGAACAGCUCUUACAGUUUUUCCAUACUCCAGAGUGGCAUCAGGGCAUGUAUGCUCACAAGUGUUGUGAAAAAACACUGCUGAAAUAAUGAUGACAUCAACUGUCCAAUAAAUGCAUGAUACUGCACUGCAUGUAUUAAACUGCUGUUCACUGUUUCUGUAUUUCCCAAGCCUUUUCUUCAUGCACAUUCAACCCAACCUUUUCUCUGAGGGGAUUCCUUCUAUGUUUUGCUUUUAAAUUACUCAAUGUAUCUGUAACUCGAAAUCCAUCAUUAAGUUUGAGUAAAUGCAAAAGCUGAUGUUUUGUAAACAAGAUACUGCAAAGCCUGGUAAUGUGUUUUGUCUUUCUGUUGAAUGCUCUGCAGCAUGUACAGGAAGAGUCACCAUCCAGAUCAGCUUAAAAUUAUGCAGCAGUCACAUACACAUGUCUAGAAACAGGGAGCUGAGGAGGUGAGAACCCCAUUUUUAACACAACACUUAAAAAUUUGAUCUGCAUCAGAAAUUCUUUCCCUGGGUCACCAACACCCAGGGCUACCAAGAAACAUGUUGGUGUGUCUCUUUGUUUUUUCUUUUUUUCUUUUGGAUUGUUUUUCCUAAUGAAAAUUUAGACUGGUUCACUUAAUUCUUAGUACUUUUCUCUUCCUACAAGAUAUUGCUUUCUCACCUCUUGCAGAAUGAACUGCAUUUUGGGGACCAAGAUGCUGUGAUUCUUUGCCUGCACAAAAUAGGACAGAGAGCUGAGCUAAACUAUCCCGUCCUUUCCAGAGCAUCACCACCUUAAUCCUUGAACAUCCAAAUAGUACCAGCAUUUAUCCAUGGAAGAGUUUGGUGUAGUACUUUGCCUUCUUCCACAUGCAAACUGUGCCCUUGCCUUCUCUUCCCUUAACCAUUAACCCAUUUUCAUUUGUGCUAGUCUUUCCAAGGCAAGGUACAGGAUGGAUCCAUGGUGCUUGUAUUAGCUCCAGCCCAAACCUCCUGUGGGCAUCAGCAGGGCAUUGGUCCCAGGUCCUGAGUGUUGCUGUGUCGAAGAUGCUCAAGUUCUCAACACUCAAAGAUGAACCAUCUGAAAGGACUGGGAAGUUGCUCUGGGUUCCUGGCAAGGGUGUGCCGAGGAGCAGGGCUGGAGAGCAGGCACCAUGGGGGUGGCACCAUCCUUGGAAAUUAUGCAAAAAGCCAAAAGCACCAAGAAGUCUUGAGCCCACCUUAAGGCUGGUGCUUAGCUAGGAUGCUGUGCCAUCGCUGAAGCGCUAUAUGGCAGCACAAAAAAAUCAUCGCUAAUAAUGUUUGUAAAUUAGCAUGAAUUCAGAUUGCUGAAGCAGCACCUGGUGCAAGGCUCCGUGAGGAGGUGGAUUGUGUGCUGUGGUGGGUGGGAGCUCCUAGGGGGUUGCUCAGAGCAGCUCUGAGCUUUUCCAUCUCUUAUCUUGCAUCCCCUGAGCCCAGUGUGGCAUCACACAUGCUAUAUCUUACUAGAUCGAGCUGUAGCAUGAUCCCCAAAGUGAAGAGUGUGGAAGGGUUGCAGCUCAGUCAGAGAUAACGGUGCGACUCAUGUUUCUGGUCACCCCAACAUCAGUGACCUGCUGUACAUUGGCCUCUAGUUGAGAAACAACAUUUUGUUCCGUUUGGGCCUUUUUUUAAGAUAGGUCUUUUAUUUGAGUCAGCAAACAAUAAAAAAAAGCCUAGUCUGCCAAGAAUAGUGACUCUCCAAAUACAUCCAACUGCAAAAUAUCCCUCGGUUGACUUCUAAUGAAAAUGCAAGCAUGUUUUCUACAAAGGCUUAAAUCUUAAUCAAGGAAUGUCAGUGUGCCUAAUAUUGCAGGUCUUGUGAUUGAUACAAGUUCAUAACAGCAUCUAUGUCCAAAAAGAAGGGAGAAUGUGUAUUUACUCCAUGCAUGUAUUAAGGCAUCGCAAAAGUUUUAUCUGCAUAAUGAGUUUGCAGUACUGCAAAUUGUUAAUGGGGCUACAUCGCAAGUGGUUCUCUGCCUUGACAAUCAUGUAUACAUAUCGAGAUUUCUAUCAUAAUGACAAUUUAAAGGGAUGACUAAUUGUUUUCCUCCAAUAAACCCAAUUAAAUCAC